CUUCCCUUAGUUAUUUUCAUCUGUCACUUUUGAAAUAGUAGAAGAAAGUAAGGCCCCCAGAACCCGGGCAGUGAGGAAUGUGAGGAGGCAUGCUUGUUCUUCCAUCAUCAAGAUGUGUCGUGACUACCCCCAGCUUGUGCUGCCUAACUUUGACAUGCUUUAUAACCAUGUGAAGCAGCUUCUCUCCAAUGAGCUACUCCUGACACAGAUGGAGAAGUGUGCCCUCAUGGAAGCCCUGGUUCUCAUUAGCAACCAGUUCAAGAACUACGAGCGUCAGAAGGUGUUCCUGGAGGAGCUCAUGGCACCAGUGGCCAACAUCUGGCUUUCUGAAGACAUACACAGAGUGCUGUCAGAUGUUGAUGCUUUUAUUGCCUAUGUCGGUGCAGAUCAGAAGAGCUGUGACCCAGGCCUGGAAGAUCCCUGUGGCUUAAACCGUGCACGCUCUUGAAUUCUUGAGUUAGUUCCCACAGCAGAGCAGAUGGUCUUUUCUAUGAAGUCAUUAUUUUGGCUUUAAGGAUCUCUAAAUAGCUCUGAAGACUGAAGGUGUAAUGAGGAAGUAGGUCAGAACUUGGUCAGCAGGAUGAGCUUUUGUGUGUAUAGCAUUCUGGGUGUUGUGAAACGAACUUGCUGGCCCACCGACCUAGAAGAGGCCAAAGCUGGGGGAUUUGUGGUGGGUUAUACUCCCAGUGGAAAUCCAAUCUUCCGGAACCCCUGCACAGAGCAAAUUCUAAAACUUCUUGACAAUUUGCUUGCCCUUAUACGAACCCACAAUACUUUAUAUGCACCAGAAAUGCUAGUCAAAAUGGCAGAGCCUUUCACUAAGGCUCUGGAUAUGCUUGAAGCGGAAAAAUCUGUUAUAUUAGGAUUACCUCAGCCUCUCUUGGAACUCAAUGACAGUCCUAUCUACAAAACAGUCUUGGAAAGAAUGCAGCGUUUCUUCUCCACCCUCUAUGAAAACUGUUUUCAUAUUCUAGGGAAGGCAGGCCCUUCCAUGCAGCAAGAUUUCUACACUGUGGAGGACCUUGCCACCCAGCUUCUCAGCUCAGCUUUCGUCAACUUGAACAAUAUUCCUGACUACCGACUCAGACCCAUGCUUCGGGUCUUUGUAAAGCCUCUGGUGCUCUUCUGCCCCCCGGAGCACUAUGAAGCCCUGGUGUCUCCCAUCCUUGGACCUCUUUUCACUUACCUCCACAUGAGGCUUUCCCAGAAAUGGCAAGUCAUCAACCAGAGGAGCCUGCUGUGUGGAGAAGAUGAGACUGUAGAUGAAAACCCAGAGUCUCAAGAGAUGCUGGAAGAACAGCUGGUGAGGAUGCUAACCCGAGAAGUCAUGGACUUAAUAACGGUUUGCUGUGUUUCAAAGAAAGGUGUUGACCACAGUACUGCUCCCCCUGCAGAUGGAGAUGAUGAAGAGAUGAUGGCCACAGAGGUGACCCCUUCAGCCAUGGCAGAACUUACAGACCUGGGCAAAUGUCUGAUGAAGCAUGAGGAUGUUUGUACAGCACUACUAAUUACAGCCUUCAAUUCUCUGGCCUGGAAGGAUACUCUGUCUUGCCAGAGGACGACCACGCAGCUCUGCUGGCCUCUCCUCAAACAAGUGCUGUCGGGGACACUGCUCGCAGAUGCCGUUACAUGGCUUUUCACCAGUGUGCUGAAAGGUUUACAGACACAUGGGCAGCACGAUGGGUGCAUGGCUUCCCUGGUCCACCUGGCCUUCCAGAUAUACGAGGCACUGCGCCCCAGGUACCUGGAGAUAAGAGCUGUGAUGGAACAAAUCCCUGAAAUACAGAAGGACUCUCUGGACCAGUUUGACUGCAAGCUUUUGAACCCCUCCCUGCAGAAAGUGGCUGACAAGCGCCGGAAGGACCAAUUCAAACGCCUCAUUGCUGGUUGCAUUGGGAAACCCUUGGGAGAGCAGUUCCGGAAAGAAGUUCACAUUAAGAAUCUUCCCUCACUUUUCAAAAAAACAAAACCAAUGCUGGAGACUGAAGUGCUGGACAGUGAGGGGGGCGGCCUGGCCACCAUCUUUGAACCCUGAAUCAAGCUUGUGGGCAUCCCUCCUCGGCCUUUAUUGUCAUCUCUUCUUCCCUUUGUAGCUGAUCUCUAGGCCCUUCUUGCACUGCCACCUCACUUUCCGCCAUUGUCAGCCUGGAGCGAGAUCCAGGUCUGGAGCUGGAGAGAGUGGGCCCUGUGCAGGGCCAGAAGUAAUUACACUAAAGUAUCAAGAAAGGGAGUUAGGGCUCACACCAUUCUGUCGCCAUGUCCCAGGUAGUUCCCAUUCUACUUGGAGUUUUGGCUUUUCCAAGAAAAGCUAGAGCAGAGCAGCCCUUCUCCCCAGGCCCUCCCACCCCCAUGCAGCCACACUUGUGCUGAACGGUAACUUGUGGUGCUGUGCCCAACACGGCAAUUACCCGGGCUCACAGAAAGGGCUCAGCCCUCGACCGCUUGUGCUAGAGUUUCUCUUGGACCACUGCAAGUCCCACUGAGCCCCCUUGCUGCUGGGCUGGCAGGGAUCCUUCCCCACCCCCCAGGAGCAUGUCUGGUCAAAUGCUAAGUGCUGAAGUGAACUGGGCCCAUUCCCUCAACUUUGUUUUGGGCAAGACUGUGGUUAUUUGGUGGGAUCCAUGGUACAGGUUACUACUAAACUCUGGGCACAGUAUCAAGUGUAGUACCUCCAAGGACCAGGGCUGGGCAGUCUUUAGUGUUCUCUAACAUCCCCUUAGCUCACAUCUUGCCCUUCCAUUAAUGACCUCUCUUCAUCUAGUUUCCCCAGCCUCAGGGUCCACUCAGGCACAAGAGCCACAGUACCCUAUCUAGUGUCACAUGACACCAUUGUCAUCCAAGGAUAAUCCAGACCAACUAGGCUGCAUCUGUGACAAGCAGCUAGUAAAGCCACUGGUCUCUUUCUAAGACUAGCUGAGUCUAGGUGCCUUCCAAAAUCUCAUGCUCUUCAGGUCCCUGGUUACUUUUCUCAAGGGCCGUUUCCAAAAGAAAAGAAAACAUGCCUUCCCAUCACAACCUGUACUGUGAGUCCAUUCUAGUGGUCACUGGAAAGCCCUGUAAGCAGAGGGCAUGGAUAUGGGACCUAGACCUGAGGUUAUUACUGGCCAUAAGGCAGGCUUAACUCAUAGAAACCACAGUGUGACCCUAUGCUUUGCAGACAGGCCUUCCAUCCAAUCCUAACAGGAGGGUUCCAGUGAGAGAACUAGAGUGGACUGAAGCUGCAGCUUCUAGCUGAUGCAGGCCACAGGCAGGGUCAGAUUGACAACAGGCACAGCUGGGGAGGCAGAACUUGGAGUCUCAUGUUGCUGUGUCUGCUACACAGACUGCUCCCUCUUCCCACGUGGUGCUGUGGUUUCUCUUGAUUGUGAAGGCGAUCUCAGAGCAUUUCCCUCCAAACUUGAUAGCUGCCUACUCCUAUGUCUGGUUGGGGCUGUGGAGGGUAUGGUUGUAUUUAUUGUGUUGUAAUAUUUUUAAUAUCCUGUGACUUCAUGCUAGAAAUUUUCUAUUGUUUAUAGAAACUUUUUGUAGAAACAUUAACUCUAAAGCACAUCAGCAUGCCAGUAAAAAUCUCAAUUUCAUACA